UUUGUGUACUUUCGUCUGCCGUGUCCUUCUCCUUACCUCUUUGGGACUUUCUUUUCCUCUUUAUCAAAGAGGAAAAGCGAGUCUCAGUGUUGGCACGUUGGAGUCUGAGGAACAUCACCUGAAUGUCAAAAAGACAGAUGAAACAUCUGGAGGCUCAGUGGAUAAUUCAGAAUUGGGGAGAGCAGAUAAAAAGAAAGCUCGUUCGUGCGCACCCAGAUGAGCGCGGGAGCCAUGGUGGGUUGACGACCAGCGGCCAGCGACCUUGUUCCCAGUUUAAGUGAGCGACCCCACCGCCGGCGGUGCGCCCCCACCCCCCCACCACCAUCAUCAUCCCCUCCAUCCCCGUGUCCCGCGCGAGAAAAGGAUGUCUGUGAACGAGGUGUACGUGUUCCGGCCCUUCAAGCUGAUCGCCCUGCUGUGCGUCUUCCUGGCGCUGGGUCUGGACGUGGUGGCCCUGCUGAGCCCCGCCUGGGUCACCGCGGAGCGCUUCUCCCUGUCCCUGUGGGAGUCCUGCUCCCAGUCCGAGGCUGCGUGGAGCUGCUUCUCCACCCUCUCAUCUGACUGGCAGAUCGCCACCCUGGUGCUGCUGGGGGCCGGCGCCGCGGCGACCCUCUUGGCCUUCCUGGUGGCCCUGAUUUCCCUCUGCAGGGGGACGCAGAGGCGCCACUACCGCACCGUGGCCGUGUUGCUCUUCACCGCAGUCGUUCUGCAGUCCUGCGCUCUGGUCCUCUACCCGAUCAAGUUUAUCGACGGGACCGUCCUGCAGACCUACCACGAGUUCAACUGGGGCUACGGGCUCGGCUGGGGGGCCACCAUCUUCAUGCUGGGCGGAGGGAUCCUCUUCUGCCUGCGCACGGACACCUACGAGGACGCCAUGUACUGAGUCCUCUCUCAAACACACACACACACACACACACACACACACACUCAGUCCCACACAGGAGGGGUGCUACUUGUGCUCCCUCCCUCCCCCCCCCCCCUCUCUCUCUCUCUUGCUCCUGCUCUCUUUGUUAUUUUUAGACUGGUUGUGAAGGCCCAAUUUAGGCCGGGCUGUUACGAACAGGAAGCCCACAGCCCUCGCCGCCCCCCUCCCCCCGUCCCAUGCAGCCAGCGGGUCCCUCGCCCCGGGCCGCUGUCGGGGGCCGAAGCGCAGAGAGCUUUCUGGAGGCGCACGGGCCGCCCCAUGCUGGACGUUUCCAGCGCCGGGCAGCCUGGAUGUCUAUUGUUAGAGAAGCGGGACAGCAGAUCCGGAGCACGGACCUGAAAUGCAGCGGCUGAACAUUUAACGGGAUCGGCCGAUCCACCGCGUUUUGCAUUUUGAUUCUUUUGGAGGCCUUUCAUGAGGACGAGCUUGUUGUUGGCGUAUUUAUGGAACACACUUCAUACAUAUUGAGGAAGCUGAACUUGUGUGUUCUAGCUGAAACGUAUCUAGUAAUGAUUUUUUCUUUCUGAUAUUAGAAUUGUAGGUUUCUAUAUAUGCUAGAGAUCCUAGAGUGUUUAUAGUUUGUCUGCAAACUAAAAUAAAAAUGUAAAUGUGUACAAAGAAUUUCUACAUGAAGGAGAAUCCAGAAUAAACGGUUGUCGUUUUGAGUGAAUUAAACCAGGGGCAGCAUUACGGCUGCCACCUUUUUUUUGUUUUUGUUCUGUGGGACCAAACGCCAAUGAGAUAGAAAUACAAAACACGUUUUAUUAUUCAGAGUACACAUUCCUCAGAGGAAACCACCCCCAGGCUAUUUAAAGAGACCCCCCCAGUUGUUAGCUUGCAGCUCGUCGAAGUGUGAAAAUACGACACUGGUUGUAACGUAAUGAGCAACAGAGCCACAAAGGUUUUAUUGCAAACUUUAUCUUUCUCAGUUAAGCUUUACAACUUCCCCUGAGACGAUAUAAUGACAUCACAGAUUUAUCUGGGACGUUAUCUUUAUUUGCUUGUGAGAUGUGCUCACAAUAGAUAACCCAAAUAACACCUACUAUUUAUUCUGAUGCAUCCUUUUUAGUUUGCAGAUCAAAGGUAGCUGCAGGUAGUUUAUUCAUGGUUUGGUCCUAGUGUGCUAAUGGAACGCAAAUUUAAAAUAAAGAAAUAAUAACCCGGUGAAGUUUCCCUGUAGACACACUUUACUUUACACCUACAGAGCAGCUGGUUGAAUAUUCUCUGGAAGGGGAACUACUGCACGUUAACAACAUCCCCUGCUGCUGCAGUGUGAAUGCUGGGCGCAUCCUUUACGCCUCAAUCAGAGACAGGAAGUACACACUUGGCUCCUGUGAAUACUUGUAUGUGAUUGGUUGAGGGUGUGAGCUGCCUGGUCGCUGGUUGUCUUAUUAUAGCGGUGACCUCUUGGGAAUCUUUCGAGUGUGACUCGCAGGUUAAAGGUGACGACGUAACGGAUUGGAGGGAGAACUUUGUACGGUAUCUUCAACAUUAACCUUGAUGCUUGUUUAACUUUUGUAACGUUGAUUCAGGGCAUUUAAAACCUGGAUUAUACUGUAGAAGAACAUUAUUUCUCUUGUAAAGGACACACAACACCAAUAGUACACCAGGUGAUACACAUAAUGUGCACAUGUAUUUCCCAGAACUGCUUUUAUUUGCAAGUAGGUAUGUUGUAGAGUUAGACUCACUUAUUUGUGGUUUGAAUAUGUGAAACUGUCCGUAGGUCUUCAGCCACACAGUUUCUGCUCUUCUUGCAUUACUUGCCAAUGCACAGGACAUCAAUGUGCACAAAAUGUUCAAACCCAAAAUAGACAGUUUUUAAUUCCGCUAAGUUAUUAUCCAUUUAGGGAAGGAUUUAGUAGCUCCUAAUAUGUUGAGUGGCAACAUAGUAAAAAAAGUAGUUGAUUCUUGAACGCAGGCUUGCUUUUGCCUCCACCAUGAGCACCGUGGUCGACCCAGUCACACGGUUCAGUCUAACGGCUUCCUCCACCCAAUGGGCGAAGCUGAGAAUACCUUCCAGGCUACUCAAGCAAGAGGAAAAUAGUGGUGAUUCGGGGUCUCAACUGAAGGGUGAUUUGUAGCAUGUUGAUCUAACAAUGUUGAUUUAGAGUCUUUUCUGUAUUCUCUAUAAAACUGCAAAGGUACAAAAAAUACAUACAGAAUGUAUCUUAUAAAUCAUGUCCCAAAUCUUUUUUUUAUUUUUUAUUAAGUUGAUGAAGGUCAAACUUAAGGGUGAAGUGCAAGACCUGAGCCAGACUGAUCUAAAAACAGCAACUCAAUAAACUUCUUAUCAAUAAACAUUUUA